AUGGAGACCGAAAUGGCCGCCGCCACGUGUGUCCAAGACACAAAGAAACCUGACCUUGUGACCAGGCUGGAUGAGCUGUUCGCCAGGUUCUGGAAGACAAUAGCCUCCAGGGAGCAACAGGCCAAGGCAUACCAUCCUGUUACAGUCCUGCCGGUGAUCCCCCAACAAACGUGCACACUGCCUCACGCCAACAAAGCCUGCGGAUGGCAAAACAGAAAAGCCCGUAAGCCCAAGCGACUACCACUACCUAUGACGGUGACCCGCUCAUACAAGGGCCCGGCAAAACUAAACCUACCUAAGAGGCAUGAAAAGGCGGUCCUGCUGCAGCGACACACUGCGCUAAACAGGGACCGGACAUGGCCGAAGAGCGCCAGGCAGACCACACCGCAACACCUCUACCGACAACACUCGGAGGCAGGCCCUGGCAUACCUCGGAGGCGACACCACAGCCGGUGA